AGGCGGACGUCAAGUCGGGCCGUGGGUCGCACGGUUGUGGGUGUACUGAGUUUUAUUGAAGCGUAACAAAUUUUUUUUUCGACUCUACCCUUAAAUUAAUAAGUGAUUAAAUUACUUAUAAAUAAAUAAAUAAUUAAUUAAUUAAUUAUUUAUUGUUUUAAAUAAUAUAUAAUUAUUAGACUAAACUGGAUCUGUAGUUUAAACCCAAGUACGGGUGAUUUGUCCUGGGGAUUGAUAAGUUUUUAAUUAUUUUUAAAAAAAGUGAGGAGUUGCUGCGGUUGAUUGUCGGCCGCUGCGAGAUUGAUCAGCUUGAGGAGACUGCGGAUGAAUAAUCGGCUUGUGUUAAAAUAAAAAAAAAUACAUACAUAUACAUAUAUAUAGCGUACAUACAUAUUGUAUUAAUAAGCUUAUAGAGGCCUAUACCUAUAAUAAUAAUAAGAGAAGAAAGUGGUGGUGCACGGCCUCACGUCCUCGGCGCACGAGUUUACUCUCGGCGGUCGGCUUCGAUUUUCUCCGGGCUUGACGAUGAGUUGCCAAAGAAACACUGGCAGGAUCACGGUGCCCGAAGACCUCAGGAAUAUACUACUUGAGUUUACGAUCAGUUAUCUCCUCGAGCAACCUGGCGACAUAAUUGAUUAUGCUGUUGAAUUUUUUACUCGUUUACGUGACAAUCGACAAACAAUGUUGAUCCAAUCUAAUGCUACGUGUUCAUCAACACCCGACGAAUCCGUCGAGGAAGAGCCACCGGUUGGCAGAUUCGCUAUCAGAAGAAAAAGCGUUUUCGCUGAGACUUAUGAUCCAGAGGAAGAUGAGGAAGACGAGGGUGCCAAGAUGGUGUAUCCAAAAAGCGACGAGCAGCGGCAGAGGCUGAGCGAGAGCGUCAGAAAUAUUCUUCUAUUCCGCGCUCUUGAUAAGGAACAAAUGGCAGAUGUGCUGGAUGCGAUGUUCGAAAAGAACGUCGAACCGGGAGAUUAUAUCAUACGUCAGGGCGAUGAUGGUGAUAAUUUUUACGUCAUUGAAAGAGGCAAAUUUGAGGUAUACGUUAAAGAUCCAUCAGGCCAGGACAUGUUGAUCCACACGUACGAUAAUGGCGGAGCAUUCGGUGAAUUGGCGCUUCUUUAUAAUAUGCCACGUGCAGCAACUAUCAAAGCCAUCACUAAAGGAACUUUGUGGGCCAUGGAUAGACAAACAUUCCGACGUAUUUUGUUGAAGUCCGCUUACAAGAAACGCAAAAUGUACGAGAAUCUUAUCAACAAAGUCCCGAUGCUUAAAUCGCUUGAGGCUUACGAACGAAUGAAUCUCGCUGACGCACUAGCUCCUAAACAUUUUUCCGACGGCCAGCAGAUUAUCCGUCAAGGGGACAUGGCUGACGGGAUGUACUUUGUUGAGGAUGGAGUCGUCAGGAUCACGAUUAUCGGGGAAAACGGUCGUGAGGUGGAGAUCAAUCGUGUACCCGCUGGUGGUUAUCUAGGUGAAUUGGCUCUAGUCACACACAAGCCCCGCGCUGCCUCAGCAUACGCAGUUGGAAAUGUCAAGCUUGCCUUUCUGGAUGUCGAGGCUUUCGAGCGGCUACUUGGCCCUUGUAUGGAGUUGAUGAAGCGUAAUAUCGACGACUAUGAAGAUCAAUUAAUUAAAAUAUUCGGAAGUAAAACUGACAUUUCUGACAUCCGAUGAAUGUCUUGAACGACAAAGAAUCAACAUCGCGUCAUUUUUUGGUAAUUUUCACAAUAUACUGACGCUCGAUAUAAGCACCCAAUUCUUCAACACCCGCUUAACAAAACUUGCAUUCAUUAUUUAUAUAUAUACUCAUAUAUAUAUACAAACAUAUAUUUUUUUUUUCAUCCUUGAUGGAUGUCACUCGCGCAAUCGCCCUAAAAUGAAAACAAAGUAUAAAUAUUUAUUAUUAUUAUUAAUUAUAAAUAUAUAAUAUAUAAUAUAUCAUGUGAGUAUUAUAUCUAUAGCUAAACAAAAUUUAUACCUAUUUAAAUCUAAAGAAAUGAAACAAUUUUCAAGUACAAUCACUUUCGUAUUAUGGAAGCACAAUUACGGAAAGUUUAUUAUCGAAAUGAAGCUAUGAAUAUAUAUAUCACGUGAGACUGUAACGGAUUGGAAAGUAUUAAAAAACACUUUUAUUAUUACUUAAUUAAAAUCUUCCGUACGGUGAACAAACUAAUAAUAAUAAUAAUAAUAAUAAUAAUAAUAAUAAUAUUAAUAAUAAUAAUAAUUCAUUGCCGUACUAAGAUUGUGAGAAUUUUUGAGAAUGUGCCGAUUGUUUUUCCACUCUCUUAUUCUUUAAUCGAGACCAAAAAAACAAAAAAAUAAAAAAAAAAAAAUAAUGAUAAACAAUUUAAUAAUUUAUCAAGUUCAAGUCUUUCUCACUUGUAUCUGAAACUAUAUAAAUACAUAUAAAAAAAAAAAAAAAAUACUUUUAAUGAAAGGCAUAUUCAUUAGUAGACUAAUUAAUUCAAUAUUUCGCGUACAUUCAUUCAUUGUUCCCGGUAUAUGCUCCAGUGAGAAUAACACAAUAAACUUCCCAGUGAUAUGAGUUUGUUAAUAUACGAUGCGAGAGAUGAUAACAAAGAGAAACCAGUGUAACUAGUGAUGUUUCUAGCAAACGGAAAUUAUUGAUUUUUCUUUUUAAAUAAAUGCUUAUUAGGUGAAUUAACACACGAGAAUCAAUGUCGUAGUUGUUCGUAGAUGAUAUGUUGCUAAUAAAAAAAAUAAAUAAAUUUCACUUGCAAAUAAUAAACAUUUAAAAUAAUAAAUUUCACGUACAUAUAUCAUUAAUUGUCAAUAAACAUUUAAAUAAAUUCAAUGAAAAUCCAGGUGCAGUAGUAAAUUAAUAGUUUUUCAAACUAAAACGUACAUAGCAGGAUGUUGAUGCUGACACACUUAAGUAAUAAAUAAUUACAAGAGCGAAUAUCGUCAAUUCUUAUCAAUUUCAUUAUAUUUUUUAUGGCAACUAUCUCUAUACCUCGCGUGUCUCAUAAUCAUAACAUAUAUUUAUAAAUUACACAUUAGUAUUUGCUUACCAAAAAUCUCCACGGGGUUGAAUGAAAAUAAUUUAAUAAAAUAUUCGUAACAAUUCGCUCUUUUUAAUCGCCAAAAAAACUAAACUUACAUAUUUAAGUACUAAAAAAAAAAAAAACAAUCGAGCUUUUAAUCACACGUACAGUAGAGUCUUGUGUUACCCUAGCCAAGUGAAGUCUAUUAUUUAAUUAAAGAUGAUAAUAUUUGUACGUAGUGAGUGUAGAUAAUGUCACAAGACCUGUGUCUAGAGUAUUGUAUUAUUUUUAUACCAACUAUGUCCAACUCACCAAAAAAAAAAACAAAAUUACGAGGGUGAUUAAAUUUAAUCAGGAAAAAAUAAUAAUGAUAAUAAUAAUAAUGAUAAUUAUUCUUUAGGCAAUCAAACAGCUGGAGGUGUGUAUAUGUCAAUGUUAACCUGUUAUUACUGCCCUUAAUUGUGUCUUUAUUUCUAUCGAGUCAAUGUUCUUCCGUGACUAGAACGUAAAUAUAAAAAUUGCUGAAAAAAUUUCACGGUGUUGAUUGCAUGCUAUUGGAUUAUAAAAUCGAUAGUAUCUAAUCAUAACUGGGGACUCAAAAAAGGGAGAGAAAGAGAGAGAAAAAAAGUUUGACGUGCGAUUGAACACUUGGAAUUAUAGUCCAAUAUAUAUAUAUAUUUCUUCUAUAUAUAUUUAUAUAUAUAGAGUAUUAGUAACUACUUUACCUUGACAUCACUUGGGCAUUGUUCUUGUAGUUAAAUAGAGUCAAAAAUAAUUGCGAGCACAUACAUUGUAUCUGUAUAAUUUAUAAAUAUAUAUAUGUAUACAUAUAUAUGAAUUAAAAUAAUACUAAAAGUAGCAGAGGAAAAAAUUUUAUCUCUUUUAAAAAAGAAAUAAAAUACUCAUAGGAAAAAUUUUUUUGUGCAUAUUUAAGAAAUUUGUUUAUAAAAUGAAUAAAUUGUCAUACAUCUGUCAUACUUUUAGUAUCAUAAAUUUAAACUAUAUCAAAUAUUGUCUUUACGUACAAUCGCUCUGUGACGAACAAAAAAAAAGUUUAUUGAAAUUUAAUUUAAUUUUAUUGAGAUAAAUAUAUCGUUAUUAUUGUGUUAAAUAUUUACUAUGAAUUGUUGUUGGUAUUUAUUAUUAUAAUUAUAAUAGAUGUAUGUUAACAGUAUUUAUGAUAAGUGAAUUAUGAAAGUAAUACUUUUCAAAUUAUACAUCAAUGAAGAAAUGUUUUUAUUUUGUUUUAUUAUAUUAUGUUUUCUUUAUUUAAAUGUUUCGUAUAAUCUCAUUUGUUUUUAGUAAUUGUAAAAGAAUUUAUGAGAAUGUUAUAUAUGUGUAACGAUAUAUAAAAUAUUUAAAUGAUUGUCUGGGUUAUUAUGACAUUUAAAAAUAAUAAUAAUAAAUAUAAAUAUAUAUAUAUGUAAGUCAGUUAGUAAGAAGAGAUAAAGGAAAUAUUUAAAUUACGUAAGUUAUUAAGUCAUGUAUGUGUGUCAUUGUAAUGAAUAUUUUCCGGAGAUAUAAAAUAAUAUAAGAGCUUCCUUCGAGGCACUUUGGUAUAAAAGUCACGUAAAAUCUUUUAUUAUUUAUAUUACUACUAUAUUAGUCAAUUUAUUAUUAUUAUUAUAUUUAAUAAACAAUGAAUUUGUCAUACUAUGUAUAACAAAACAAAAAAAAAUUAUGUUGUUUUAAAUGUUUGUAACACAAAAUAAUUGUAAAGAAGGUUGUGUGUGUUGAUGAUUUAAAUAAAAACAAAAAAGAGGAAUUUAUGAGAAAAGCAAUAAUGAAUAAUAAUAAUAUCGACUCUUUCAUAGUCUUGUAAAAAAUAUUAUUCAUAUUUGUUUUUUCGGUAGUGAGUAGGGACAAAAUUUUUGCCUUAAUUUUUAAAUGACUGGUUCAAAUGUUUGAUAUUACGGCGAAAAUAUUGGUCAUAUAAAAAAAGUUUUCAAACAAAAGUUGUUUAAAAUUUGAUUUUCUAAAAAAAAUGUCUCUUAUGAUUUUCUUUUACGACCAAUAUUUUCGCCGUAAUUUCAAAAUUAAGAUUCAUAAUGAAUGAUUCAAAUUUUUGAUAAUUAUGAAAAUCUUACUUUUGGAAUUACGGCUUUCUAUCAGUCCUACGAAAAAAUUAUAAGAGACAUUUUUUUUGUAAAAUUAAAUUUUGAACAAUUUUUAUUUGAAAAAUUUUUUUAUACGACGAAUAUUUUCGCCGUAAUAUCAAAAAUUUGACACCGUUAAUUAUUAGUUGUUAUUUUCAAAUUAAGGCAAGAAUCUUGACCCUGAUGAGUUUGCUUAAGAAGGUCAUAAUGGCUUAAAUUUAAAUAAAUAAAUGAAUUUAUUUCAUUAAUAUUGUGUAUGAAUCUCCUUGUAAGGAAAAAAAUUUAAAAACUAAUAAAUUAUUUAAGAAAGAAAAAAAAAUACAUAUAUAUAUAAAAAGUAAGAGACCCAGUACCCAAGGUAACUUAUUCCCUGAUCAGGUAUUAGGUCUUUUACCUAAAAUUGUAUCAAUAAAAUAAAUUUAUAAAUUAUAGUACUCAGCCCGGGAUUACAUGAAAAGGGUUGCUGUACAUUAAAUGUCUUCGUCCAUUAAAUUGAACACGUGUCCGUUACGUAAAGUGUACAUUAUUUAAGACGUUUUGUUGCCUAGCACACACGUCAUUAAAUUGUAUAUUUAUUUAAACGUUUACGCACACAACUCGCGCUUUAUUGACAGAUAAUUAUUGUAAUUGAAUAAUCAGUUGAUGUACCAUUUUAAUUAUAAGUUAAGUAGAAGAUCAAAGUUAGUGUAUAUGGAAAAGAAAAAAAUUUAUUAAAAGUCUGCUCCAAUUGCGAGACAAAAUAUAAAUCUAUUGAGAUAUUUAUCUGACGGCGAGGUAUAACUUUUUUUUUCGUAAAAUUGUUUGAGUAAUGUCAACUAAAAUAACAAAUAAAAAGAUAAUAAUAAUAAAUAUCAUAGCCGACUUCGAAUGCUGAUCUAGCGAGUCGUGAUAUAAUAAAUAACGUGUACAGCUGGUCUGACCGUGAGAUAAAUAUUAAUAAUCAUAUCAUUCAAUAUUUAACAGUCAAACAUAACUACUAAAUAUACAAACAAUUAUAUCACGGAUUGCUAAUUUUUUUUUGAAAUUAUAAUUAAAAAUAUUUAAAGUCUAUCAGAAUAAAUAAUAAGCAGCAGCAUUCGUGUUGGAAGUUGAUAGUUUCUAAGUCGUUCUAGUCUCUAAGUUUAUGGUUAUUUUACUCAACUAUUCAUGAAUUUAAAAAUAAAAAAGUAUAAUUGCCAAUUAUCGAAGCUAAUAGAUAUCUACAUAACUAUUCGAAUAAGUCUUUGUGCUCAAGCUUUAAUCAACUCUUAUCACUGUCGAUUCAUACAUAUUUAUUUAUCAUAACAUAUAUGUAUCAAUUAUAUACAUCUGUAUUGCGCACUGGAAUUUAUUUAAAGCAAGAGACUUAUUUGAGAAGAAUAAUAAAUAUCUAAUAAUUAAAAAAAAAUAGAUAGUGUAAUCAAAGUUGAUAUAAA